AUGUACACAUCGACGGCAAAAAUGCCACCAGCCUUACAGCAUAAGAUAAAACGGGGUGUAUUUCGCAUAGUUCCAGACGCUGAAGAAGAAACCUUGCUCGCCAUGUCUCCUGGUCCCCAAAGCCAUUCCUCCCACUCAUCCUAUGGUCCUACUCCUUGUGGGUGUACACCUACUGAUGCAUCUACUACUGACAUAUCACAUUCUCUCCCCGUGCUUUCAGAACAGUAUCAGGACACAUCCCCUGAUUUUCCACCAAAUUAUUAUUUGAUGAGACUUCUCAUAUCUCAUAUUCCUACAGGAGAUUUAUCACCAGAUAUUCCUACAGAAGACUUCUCACCUCAUAUACAGGAAACUUCUCACCUUAUAUUCGAAACUUCUCAUCUGAUAUUCCUACAGGAGACAUCUCACCUCAUAUUUAUACAGGAAACUGAUGAUAUUCCUACAGCAGACUUCUCACCUUAUAUUCGUACAGGAAACGUCUCAUUUGAUAUUCCUACAGGAAACUUAACUGAUAUUCCUACAGGAGACUUCUCGCCUUAUAUACCUACAGGAAACUUAACUGAUAUUCCUACAGGAGACUUCUCACUUUAUAUUCCUACAGGAAACGUCUCAUUUGAUAUUCCUACAGGAGACAUCUCACCUUAUAUUCGUACAGGAAACGUCUCAUUUGAUAUUCCUACAGGAAACUUAACUGAUAUUCCUACAGGAGACUUCUCACCUUAUAUUCCUACAGGAAACUUGACUGAUAUUCCUACAGGAGACUUCUCACCUUAUAUUCCUGCAGGAAACUUAACUGAUAUUCCUACAGGAGACUUCUCACCUUAUAUUCCUACAGGAAACUUAACUGAUAUUCCUACAGGAGACUUCUCACCUUAUAUUCCUACAGGAAACUUAUGA